CUCCUCUGUCUCACCCAGCCAAGUUACCUAAUGCCUCAGCUAGAGGAAGUGUAAGAUGUCUUAGAUGUAAUAAUGCGGCAUUCUCUUCAUAAACAAAGGUUACGCGGUGAGCGCUUUUCCUUGUGACACAGUCACUGGAUUUUUUUUUUCUUCUUGUGCAAUCUCUCCGGACUGUUAUGAAACGCUCAGCCUACGCAUACAUCUGUGAAGGCCGAGGCACACACAAGGGUGUUAAGGCACUGCAGGCAGAUAAAGCCGGCAUCCGGGUGGCAGCUGUGCGCAGGCGCGGGGGCCCGCCCUCUGCCAAGGGCCCGCAUGUACACCAGGAACCGUGCUAUGGGAACCUGCUGCAGACUGCAUUAUCUGCACUGCAUUAUCUGCUCCUCACACGCUCAAAGCGCGCGGCGAGAUUACUGCACACGGUGUCCUUUGCCUGCUCUUGACACAACACAGUGCCCUUUAAGAGCUCCUUCACCGUUUGCUUGUGCUUAUUCAGUUCUGCAGCUGCAACGCUUUUUAAGCUAACUUCAUUUAUUUUGUAAAUUAAAUUUAAUGUCCUAUUUUGCUACUCCAAACUGUGAAUGAAUUGUUACUGGAAAUAUUAUCGCUACAAAUUAUUAUUCUCUUCUGAAUUUCAAUUUACGUGUUAUUUUAUUGUUUUACAUAUAAAUAAAAUAUAUUUUGUUCUACACUUCAGUUUAAUAAUUUGGUGUGUAACAUACUUUUUUUCCAAGAAAUCUACAUAAAUAUAUAUAUGUGUGUGUGUGUGUGUGUGUGUGUGUUUUUUUUAAGCAAUUUGAUUGGCAUCAUUUAAGUAUAAAUUUUUGUGCAUCGAGGGGUUUCAUACUGGGUCUAAAGGUCUUUUAAAUCGUCCCCACUGGUGUUUUACUAGUUUGAUUCGUCUCUGCUUUCGUGGUGGUUGCUUGUUAGUGGAGUUGCUGCCAGCACCUGUGAUGUCACCGAUGCCGUGGUGGAGAUACGGGUAGCUGAGCGAUGGGCAGAAACCCCGCCACGGGUGUCCCCGGGGGGCCCCGGGUGUCCCACAACCUCUGAGUCAGCCUUGGGGUUUAAUAAGACGGCUUUCGGUGAGGGUUUUGCUAGCGCACAAUGAUGGGCUCGAUGGAGCAGGGCCCCGCCUGCCCUGUCACCUGAGCAGCCCUCUCUCUUGGGCCGACUUCCUCACGCCAGUCCCAUGCACUUCUCCGAUUGGAGUGAAAUUUAAGCCUCGUGAAUAAUUACCACCUACCUCUGGGAGGCAGGACAACCUCCAGCGUGCUGGCAGCCCUCGUCCCACACCGGGCCUCUCCGCUGGAGGAGGAAGGAAGCCCUUGAAGCUUUUUGCGAAAUGCCCGCCGUGAAAUGGAGCUGAUUGACAUCCUGUGGAGGCAGGACAUCGACCUGGGCGCCGGCCGGGAAGUCUUCGACUACAGCCACCGGCAGAAGGAGCACGAGCUGCAGCGCCAGCGCCAGCGUGAGGAAGAGGAGCGGCUGCAGCGGCUGCAGGAGGAGAAGAAGGCGCUGCUGGCUCAACUGCAGCUGGACGAGGAGACGGGCGAGUUUGUGCCGCGGGCCCCACCCAGCUCCCAGCAGACCACCACGCCUCCUGAGAAGGUGCAGCCUGCCGUGUUCACAGAAGAGGAUGUGGGCACCCUGUCAUUUGACGAAUGCAUGCAGCUCCUGGAAGAAACCUUCCCGCUAGUGGAGGCCAUCGAGACUUCUGCUCCUACUCUCGACCCCUCCGUUUUGCCUGCCGCCCACGGCAGCCCAGUCAUGAUGGGUCCUCAACCACAGCCCCUGCUGUCAGCAACGCCACCCCCCCAGAAGCCCCUGCCGGACCUGGAGCAGGCCUGGAUGGAGCUGCUCUCCAUCCCUGAGCUGCAGCAGUGCCUGAACAUGCAAAUGGGGGACGUGGUUGAACCACAGGGCUACAGUGCCACGAGCACCUCCCCGGUGGUGCAGGAGCCAAACUACCCCUUCUACCUGCCCAAGAUGACAGAUGUGAUUACAGUCCCGGCGGAGUCAGUCUGCUCCUCGGGGUAUCAGAGCUCCUUCGAAGGGGCUUUUGCCGGCGCUGUCCCAGCGGACAGCCCCGGUCAGGCGACUCUGGAGGCCCCGGACCUGAAUGGCGCCUUUAGUGUAGAGAGCUUCUGCGACAUGUUUUACCCGGACCUUACAGAUACAACAAUAAGCCAUGGCGGCUUACUGGGUGAGGGUGGGAGUGAGGGUACCGCGCUGGCCGAACUGCCGGAGGAGACACCGGUUAAGCCCAUGGAUAUCUCUGAGUUCACGUUGGGGGAAGGAUUUGCCAGCAAGGAGGCCGAAGUCGAAUUUCCGGACUCUGACUCAGGCCUGUCGCUGGACGCUAGCCCCAACAAUGGGUCACCGGAGAAAUCGACAGUUGACGACAGCUCCUUUGGAUACAGUGACUCUGAUAUGGAGGAGAUGGACAGCAACCCUGGCAGUACUAAGUCUGACUACACCGAGACGUUCCCACUGUCCUUCGUUGCAGAAAGUAUCCAAGGGAAUUCUGGCGCCCACAGCCAGCCUGGAUCCUCACAGGACCAGAACGCCGGGCAUCCCAAGACAGAACUGGCAGAGGACGCCGGGCAUGACAAACCGCCCUUCACCAAAGACAAGCACCGGAGACGCAUGGAGGCUCGCCUGUCACGAGACGAGCAGAGGGCCAAAGCCCUCCAGAUCCCCCUUGCCGUAGACCUCAUCAUCAACCUCCCUGUAGACGACUUCAACGAGUUGAUGUCCAAGCACCAACUGAACGAGGCCCAGCUGGCCCUGGUCCGAGACAUCCGCCGGCGUGGCAAGAACAAGGUGGCUGCCCAGAACUGCCGCAAACGCAAGAUGGAGAGCAUCGCGGGCCUGGAGUGCGAGCUGGACUCGCUGCGUGAGGAGAAGGAGAGGCUGUUGCAAGAGCGAUCCGAGAACGACACCAACCUUCGGCAGGCCAAGCAGGAGCUCAGCAGCCUCUACAAGGAGGUGUUCAGCAUGCUCCGGGAUGAGGAAGGGAAGCCCUACUCGCCCAGUGAGUACUCCCUACAGCAGACGUCCGACGGCAAUGUGUACCUGGUGCCGCGCGUCAAAAAGACGACGGGCAAGACCCGCGGCAACUAGCAUUUCUCUGCUUACCGUAUUUUUGUACUGCACUACCAUAACAAAAAGUCUAUGCAAAAAAAAAUAAAAAAUUUGUAGUCUCAAGAUCGCUUCAGCAUUAGUCCAGCAGCAGAACUAUUAUAUAGUUUUUGCGUAUCCAACCAUAGCGGUUUGACAUCUUAAUAUUUUUUAUAUUUAGACUUUUGCUUGUACGGCUAUAAUGUAUAUUUCUUUCCCCCAAGGAAACCUUUUUUUCUCAAUAUGGUUUGUAAAUAAAUGUUUAUCUUAUUUGCCUUUGAAGUAUGAAAAUGUACUGUAUAUAUAUUUUAGUAUUCUAAUCUUUUUUUUUUUUUGCAAAUCUCUCUUAAUUUCCAGAGUCGGUUUUAUAAAUGAUUUAUGCUUUGAUUCACUGUUCAAUUGUUUUAUUUCUUGACUUUUCUCUUGUACUUUAUAAAAAAAAAU